AUGUCGGCUGCCGAGGAGGAGCAGACCCACAAUGGGGCCCAGGCAGCUGCCGGGGGCUCCUCUGACGCCGAGGACCCUCCCCGGGAGACGUCGGGACCGGGCGGCCCGGAUCCUGGAGCCCCCCAAGCGGCUGGACCCCUGUGUGCUCCUGCCCCAACCUACCUGGGAAAGGUGCCGAUGCUCAUCCUCCUGGGGUCCCCGCCCUGCGCCCCAGCCGUGGGCCCCUGCAAAGACGAGGAGUACCUGGUGGGGGCCGAGUGCUGCCCCAAGUGCAGCCCAGGUUACCGGGUGAAGCAGCCCUGCGGGGAGUACACGGGCACAGUGUGUGUCCCCUGCGCCCCCGGGACCUACACGGACAAGCUCAAUGACCUGAGGGAGUGUCUGCCCUGCCGGGACUGCCGCCCAGCCCUGGGCCUGGUGACCCGGCGCGGGUGCUCCCCCACGGGGGACACUGUGUGUGGCUGCGUCCCUGGCCACGUCUGCGUCCCUGAGCACGGGGACAGCUGCGCGCAGUGCCAGCCCCACACGGCCUGCAGGCCCGGCCAGAGCGUGAGGCAGAGAGGCACCGAGUGGCAGGACACGCUGUGUGAGGACUGUCCCCCCGGAACCUUCUCUCCCGACGGGACCCUGGAGCAGUGCCGGCCCCAUGUGGCCUGCAGGCCCGGCCAGAGCGUGAGGCAGAGAGGCACCGAGCAGCAGGACACGCUGUGUGAGGACUGUCCCCCCGGAACCUUCUCUCCCAAUGGGACCCUGGAGCAGUGCCGGCCCCACACGGCCUGCAGGCCCGGCCAGAGCGUGAGGCAGAGAGGCACCGAGCAGCAGGACACGCUGUGUGAGGACUGUCCCCCUGGAACCUUCUCUCCCGACGGGACCCUGGAGCAGUGCCGGCCCCACUCGGCCUGCAGGCCCGGCCAGAGCGUGAGGCAGAGAGGCACCGAGCGGCAGGACACCUUGUGUGGGGACUGUCCCCACGGAACCUUCUCCCCCAACGGGACCCUGGUGCAGUGCCGGCCCUGGACCAGGUGCAGCCGGCUUCAGGUGGAAGCAAAUCCGGGGACCAGCAGCAGCGACGUCACCUGCUCCUCCUGGCCCCUUAUUCUGCUUGUGCUCCUGCUUCUGCUUCUGCUCGUCCCUGUCCUGGGGGCGCUCGGGGUCCUCGGGGCACGAUGGGCUCUCAGGGGAAGAAAUGGACGACCAGGGGAACCCCCCACAGGGAGACCCCACCAGAUGAGGACACAGGGUGCAGCAGGGGACCCCGCGGCUGCCCAAGCCCUGCAGGCCUGUCCGGCCGUCGCCACGGAGGCUGAGGAGGAAACGGUGCCCUGAGUCCCGGGGGCGGCCCCCCCGCUGGCCACGGGGCCCGGGACACAGAGGACUGACCGCCGGGGGCGCCUGCUGGAGGUGCCAGGACACGCACGGCCUGGGAGUUGGGGGCCCCCCAUGCUCACUGCAGCCCACCCAAGAGGAGCGGGGCCAUGAUUGGGACUUGGGGACCCCCGGCCUCCCACGUGUCUCUGGAGGCCGAGCCCUCCCCGCAGCCCGGAAG